AUGCCCCUCGACAAGUCUGCCCCUCUCAGGCUCGACGACUUCGGCCAGCUCGACGCCGUAGCCAUCGUGGCCACCAUGGGCAUGUUGAAGUUAGAGAAGCAACGCAGGGCGUUCCGACGGUGCGGAAUCCGGCUAGGCGACGGCACGAACGCCGUGGACAGCCGGGCCGGUACGGAUGCCAGGAUCCGGCACAUCGACGCCGGCCUGGCCAUAAUGGCCACGAUGGGCGGGCCGGAGGUGCACAGGGAGGUCCUGUGCGCGUUGGAGUGGGUGAAGCUCGCCCUGUAG